UUUUUUUAUAUUCUUCCUAUUUUACUGUUCUCUACAUACCUUUUUAAACUUUGUUUUAUUUUUUGUGUGUUGCAGAUUUUCAGAUUGGUAACUGUUAGGCACCAACUAAACCCAGUUAAGGCAAGGGACCAGUUUCCAGUGCUACUACAAGAAUAAAUAAGAAGAACCAACAAAGUCCUAUCACAAUUCAUUUGGCCUUAAUUGAUAGUUUUGUGGUCUAUUUCCAUGUUUAUUGUCAUAACUGCAAAGACAACUGCUGCUGCUGUUGCUGCUGCUGCUGCUGCUGCUGCUGCUGCUGCUGCUUUGGCUGAGAAAUAUGGCAGGAGUUGAUUUACAUGAUCUACAAAUGCAAGAAUUCCCACACAAUGUGAGGUUGGGAUUGAGGAAAUUAGAACAAAGUCUUCAAGGCAGUCCAGCCCCACAGAUAGCAAUUCUGCAGCAACACAUUAUUGAUGAUUUCAUUCUGAGCACUCAAAAUGCUGACAAAAAGAAAGGAAAAUCUUCCAAGAUCCAGUGCCAGCCCAUCAAUGAUCUAAUAGUGGUGCGGAUAUUGUGUGAACAUCUGACGACUUGCACUGAUCCUGCCGUACAUAAUGCCAUUGUCAUGCUGCUCUUCCAUCCAUCUCUCAUUGAUGUGUCUCCUCCUCAAGCCAGCAACGUGUUCCCAAUUACAAAAGCAACUAAUCCAUACUCUCGAACUCCUCAUGGUCCAAUCAAUAGCUACAGUAAUGCCACUGGUCCAAAUAAUGGAAAUCCUUAUUUUAAUGCUGGCAAUGCACAUAGUUUUAAUACAAGACAAUAUACACCUGUUAAUCCAUAUGGGUCUGCUCAUGAAAAAAUUAUUCCUGGCCAGCCAAUAAAAGGCAGCAGCAAUCCAUAUGCUCGCUCAGCUAAUUCACCGGAGAGCAAAAUAGCUAAUCGUCUCAACACUCUGUCGUCCUUGAUGUCACUAGCCGUCGCCACAAAAAAUGCUAAGGUUCUGGACCGGCUAGCUGUUUGGAUGCAGGAAGUUUGCUGCUUGAGUGGCUGGUGCUGCCAAGUUAGUAAGCGGCUCAUGGCAGAAUAUUGCUCAGUCCCGCAACUGAACAGUUCUAGCAAAGAAGGAGCAUCGGAAUCUCACCCGCUUGAUGACUUACCAACUACAUCACCCUUCUUCACCAGCUGCAUCAUCACUUCUUGGGCUGAAAUUUAUGCCAGACUAGGCAGCUCACCGCUGACAAGCUGUCGCAGGCCGCCGGUGUCAGUGCUGCGGCUGAUGGUGCGCUGGCUGACAUCAGCCCCUCCUGAGUUGCUGCUCACGCCCCUCACCAUCAGCCCCUCCACCACCUCCACUGGGGGACUCUUGGGCCCCUCUUCACCACCUUCCACCGUCACCGCACUUGCACCGCUACUCAGGUUGUGUGUGGAGGCGCCUUUCUUUCUACGCAGUUCUUCCCCGCCACGGAGCUCCCUACUUAUCAAGUCUAGCUCCACUGCCCGCGACGUCGAUGACGUGUUCAACAAGCGCACAGCAGAGGCAGGAAGCAGCGCUGAGGAGCAGGAGCUGUACAGUCGCCUGCAGCUGUGCCUGCUGCGCUGCCUCCAGUGCCUUCCAGCUGUACUUACGCCACCGCACGCCAACCACGUGCUGAGUUAUCAGCAAGUGACGGUGAUCAUGGAAGGUCUUUUGCUGCUGUUGGAUCCCGAGAAAAUGGACGUGGAUUGUGCGCCUGUGAACUGCGAGGUGCGCUUGCAGACCAAAGUCGAGGCCGUCAACAGACUUGCGCAAGUCAUCCUCGUGGCCAAGCGCUCGGGCGCGCUCUAUGGAUCGCCAGUUGAGCUCAACAACGCGCUACGCAGAUUGCCGAUCUACAAUAGACUCGUCAAGAUCCUUUUGACCUCGGAGCUCAGCUAAUUAUUAAGAUAUUAUUAAUAAGACUCGCUCCAGUUUAAGUAAUCGUCGAAGUAUUCACUUACUUACACACUAUGAGAAGACAUUUUGGUGUUGAUUAUUUUCUGUUACGCACUUGCUGAUAAGGUGUUUAAUUCGCUACACUCCCGCCACUACAACUUUUCUCUCGGUGAUCAGAUUAAAAUUUCGGUAAAGCUUAUAAAAAUUAAUGUACACAGAACCAAGUUCUCAGCGUUUCCAAUAGCUAUAUUAUCAAAGUGGUGAGACGUAGUCGCUAUUUCAUCAUAAUCGUUGGGUUUAAAAAUGCACAAUAUGCGCCAAAGUACAGUGACUCAAGAGACCCUCAUUUUUCUGUCUUACAUCCAGCUUUCUAUUCUUUAGGGCCGACGUGUGGUUAACAACUAAAUUACGAUCACUUAAUUUCAUAUUUCAAAACCA